UAGACUCUAGAGAGAGAUAGACUCACACUCUAGAGAGAGAGAGAGAGAGAGAGAGAGAAAAAGACUUCCAAAGUAAAACAAAGCAAAAAUCCAAACCAAAGCAGUUGCCUUUCCCAAUUCAAUAUUUCAUUCAUCCAUUCAUUCAUCCACACUUGCAGUUUUUCAGUUGGGGGUAAAAUUAUUAAAUUUAAAAUCCCCAAUUCAUCCCAACCUCCCCCUGUCCUUGCUCUCCCACAAGAAGCAGCAGCUGCAGCAGAUCACAAGGGCAUUUCUGUCAUUUACGACCCUUACUCACAUGAUCGCCUCCGGCUCCGGAAACGCCUUCAUCUCCGGCGGAGGCGGGUUAUGGUCGGCGGCGCCGUCGUACGUGACCGUCGGCGUCACGGCCUUGGCUGGGCUCGCGGUGGUCGUGGCCGUGUUCUGCACUGCCACUAGAGCUCUACGACGAACUCACACUUCGUCGUCGCCUUCGAGUUCGAAUUCAUCUCCUUCUUCGUCUUCGUCGUCGUCUUCGUGGAUUUAUUUGCGUUCGGUUCUGUUAGUCGUGUCAUCUUCUUCACCAGCUCAUUGUUCAUCCUCUGAUCGGGUUCGUCUUAAGUCGCCUUGGUCCCGCAGGAAAAGAAAACAUGCCCUUUCACCUCAGCAUUGGAGGCUUUUCUUUACGCCUGAUGGAAAGCUUCGAGAUGGUGGAGUUAAGUUGGUGAAGAAAGUUCGCAGUGGGGGUGUUGAUCCAAGUAUUAGGGCAGAAGUUUGGCCAUUCCUCCUUGGAGUCUAUGAAUUAAACAGUUCAAAAGAAGAAAGAGAUGUAGUAAGAUCUCAGAAAAGAAAGGAAUAUGAGAAACUCCGCAGACAGUGCCGCCGACUCACAAAGCGUGAAAAUGAUAGCUCUAAGUUGAAUGGGGAUGGUUGUAGAUUCACCCAUGAUACAGAUUCUCCCAGCUCUGAGGAUGUGGUUAGCGCCAGGGAAUCCCUUUCUAGUGAAGAUAAGAUACCAGAUGCUGAAUACUCAGAUGACCCUUCUAGUACGUUGUUGGAUGGAGAUGAUGAUGGUUCAAGAGAAAACACAAAUGCGGAUGCCAAAGACUCUGACUCAUUUGACUCGGACUCCUCUGAAGAACCUGAGGUGAUUCAGGCUUUCCCCUCAUGUGAAGGGAGGGAAGAAAAUGAUCCUGAUGUGACUUCCAAGGAUGAAUCUUCUCCCUUGAGGACGGAAGUCCAAUCAAAACUAAACAGAGAGGAUUUUGCCACAUGGCAGCGGAUCAUACGCCUUGACGCAAUACGAACUAAUUCGGAUUGGAUUCCGCACUCCCCAUCUCAAGCUGAAGUGUCACACGAUAGGGCAUCACGUUCUGCUGAGGCUGUUGGGUUGAAAGAUUACAGUCACUUGGAGCCUUGCAGAAUUUUCCAUGCUGCUAGACUAGUUGCUAUUCUUGAAGCAUAUGCACUCUAUGAUCCCGAAAUUGGUUACUGCCAGGGUAUGAGUGACCUGCUUUCUCCUAUAGCUGCUGUAAUAACAGAGGAUCAUGAGGCUUUCUGGUGUUUUGUCGGUUUCAUGAAGAAGGCUCGACAUAAUUUUAGGCUUGAUGAGGUAGGGAUCCGAAAGCAGUUGAGUAUCGUUUCUAAGAUUAUCAAAUGUAAGGACUCCCACCUAUACAGGCACUUGGAGAAGCUCCAGGCGGAGGAUUGCUUUUUUGUUUAUCGGAUGGUGGUUGUGCUAUUUAGGAGAGAGUUGACAUUCGAACAGACAGUAUGCCUAUGGGAGGUAAUGUGGGCGGAUCAAGCAGCCAUUAGGGCAGGGAUCGGAAAAUCUGCGUGGAGCAGGAUAAGGCAACGAGCCCCACCAACAGACGAUUUGUUACUUUUUGCAAUCGCAGCUUCCGUAUUGCAGAAGAGGAAACUGAUAAUCGAAAAGUAUAGCAGCAUGGAUGAGAUUAUCCGGGAGUGCAACAGCAUGUCCGGGCAACUUGAUAUAUGGAAGCUCCUCGACGAUGCACAUGACUUGGUGGUAAACCUCCAUGACAAGAUAGAGACAUCUUUCUCAUGACUGCAUGUAUCGGUAGCAUAGUUCGUUAUCAUGGUUGUUUCCCGGAAUUCGGUUAUUCGGAGCAUCCAAAAUAAGCACGUCGGGAGCUCACUCCAAUCAGACUAUCGGAGGCAGUGCUGAUCAAUUUUACCACUUUCUUCAAGCCUGCUUAAAAGUGGUGGUGUCAAACGUUGAAAAGAUUAAUUAUUUAGAUUUAUCUGCGUUGUAUUCUUCUCUGUUUUACCGCGUGAUUCCAUGGUUUGCAGGUAAAACUCCUGUAUGAGUAUUCCAUGUGUUCCCAAAUCGUCCAAUUUAGAAAUAACACUGUUUGUUGCUUAUCAAAAAGAAAUAAUUUUUUUUUGGUUUCUUUUUGGAAAAA